CGGCCGACCCGACCCGACCCGAGCCUCCCCGGCCCGCCAUGGGCCCUCCGUGCCGCCGCCUCCUCACGCCGCUGCUGCUGCUGCUGCUGCAGGUCUCCUCGCGGCUCUGCCAGGAGCCCGAGCCCUGUCGUCCCGGCUUCGGCGCCGAGAGCUACACGUUCGCGGUGCCGCGGCGGCACCUGGAGAGAGGCCGCGUGCUGGGCAGAGUGAGUUUUGAAGCAUGCACCGGCCAACCGAGGACCAUCUAUGUCUCUGAUGACACCAGAUUCAGAGUGGGCACGGAUGGGAUGCUGAUUGUCAAACGGCCUUUGCAGCUACAUAAUCCAGAGAUGAGUUUUCAUGUUUCUGCCUGGGACUCCGCCCGCAAGAAGCUCUCCACGAAAGUGACACUGAAGGCAGCUGUGCACGACCACCGUCAACACCACCACCACCAGCACCACCAACACCACCACCAUCAUGACGCUCUCCCUGAAGCCCGGACGGAAGUGCUCACAUUUCCCGACUCCCACCACGGUCUCAGAAGACAGAAGAGGGACUGGGUUAUCCCUCCCAUCUCCUGCCCAGAAAACGAGAAAGGCCCGUUUCCUAAGAAUCUGGUCCAGAUCAAAUCUAACAAAGACAAAGAGACACAGGUUUUCUACAGCAUCACUGGCCAAGGAGCUGACACGCCCCCUGUUGGUGUGUUUAUUAUUGAAAGAGAGACAGGAUGGCUAAAGGUGACGCAGCCUCUGGAUAGAGAAGCAAUUGCCAAGUACACACUCUUAUCUCACGCCGUGUCUUCAAACGGGGAAGCCAUUGAGGAUCCGAUGGAGAUUGUGAUCACGGUGACAGAUCAGAACGACAACAGGCCCGAGUUCACCCAGGCGGUCUUUGAGGGGUCUGUCAGGGAAGGUGCUCUCCCAGGAACCUCCGUGAUGGAGGUCUCAGCCACAGACGCGGACGACGAAGUGAACACCUACAAUGCUGCCAUCGCUUACAAAAUCAUCAGCCAAGAGCCUAAAGAGCCUCAUGAGCAAAUGUUCACCAUCAACAGGGACACAGGAGUCAUCAGUGUGCUCACUACCGGGCUGGACCGUGAGAAGUUCCCUAACUACUCUCUGGUGAUUGAAGCUGCUGACCUUCAAGGGGAAGGCUUAACAACAACUGCAAAAGCUGUGAUCACAGUCCUUGACAUCAACGACAACCCUCCUAUUUUUGACCCAACCACGUACCAGGGGCAUGUUUAUGAGAAUGAGGCUGAUGCCGUGAUCGCUACGCUCAAAGUGACCGAUGCUGACCUCCCCAGAACCCCUGCGUGGGAGGCCGAGUACACUGUAUUAAAUGACAAGGACCAGUUUGUUGUCGAAACAGACCCAGAAACCAACGAUGGCAUCUUGAAAACGAAGAAGGGCUUAGAUUUUGAGACCAAGCAGCAGUACAUUCUCUACGUGUCAGUGAAGAAUAAGAUCGACUUUGAAGUCACUCUGUCUACUUCCACAGCCACCGUCACAGUGGAUGUGUUGGAUGUAAAUGAGGCCCCCAUCUUCAUGCCUCCCCAAAAGAGACUGGAGGUGUCCGAAGACUUCCCAGUGGGACAGGAAAUCACAUCUUACACCGCCCAGGAUCCGGACAAGUUCAUGGACCAGAGAAUAACGUAUCGGAUUUGGCGGGAUGCUGCCAACUGGCUGGAGGUUAAUCCGGACACUGGUGUCAUUUCCACUCGGGCUGAGAUGGACAGAGAGGACACGGAGCAUGUGAAGAACAACACAUACACGGCCCUCAUUAUAGCUGUAGACAACGGUUCUCCACCUGCCACUGGGACGGGAACCCUUCUCCUGGUCCUCUCUGACGUGAACGACAACGCCCCUGUGCCGGAACCUCGAACUUUGGAAUUCUGCCAGAGGGACCCACAGCCUCACGUCAUCAACAUCGUUGAUCCAGAUCUUCCCCCCAACACGUCGCCUUUCAUAGCAGAACUGACUCACGGGGCCAGCGUCAACUGGACCAUUGAGUACAAUGACCCAGGGCGUGAAUCUAUCACUUUGAAGCCAAAGAAAACCUUAGAGUUGGGAGACUACAAAAUAAACCUCAGGCUCGAGGAUAACCAGAACAAAGACCAGGUGACCACCUUAGAAGUGUACGUGUGUGACUGCGAAGGGGCCGUCAGCAGCUGCAAGAGGAAUGCCGCCAUUGUCGAAGGUGGACUGCAGCUUCCGGCCAUCCUGGGGAUUCUCGGAGGCAUCCUGGCUUUGCUAAUCCUGAUUCUGCUGCUUCUGCUGUUUGUCCGGAGGAAACGGGUGGUCAAAGAGCCCUUACUGCCCCCGGAAGAUGACACCCGGGACAACGUGUAUUACUACGAUGAAGAAGGAGGUGGAGAAGAGGACCAGGACUUUGACCUGAGCCAGCUGCACAGGGGCCUGGAUGCCCGGCCGGAAGUGACUCGCAAUGAUGUGGCGCCAACCCUCCUGAGCAUGCCCCAGUAUCGGCCCCGCCCUGCCAAUCCCGAUGAAAUUGGAAACUUUAUUGAUGAAAAUUUGAAGGCGGCCGACAGCGACCCCACGGCUCCCCCUUACGACUCUCUGCUUGUGUUUGACUACGAAGGAAAUGGUUCCGAAGCUGCUAGUCUGAGCUCCCUGAACUCCUCGGAGUCAGACCAAGACCAGGACUAUGACUACCUGAACGAAUGGGGCAAUCGCUUCAAGAAGCUGGCAGAUAUGUAUGGAGGUGGCGUGGACGAUUAGGGGACUCCAGGUCCCUAUGCUUGUGUGCUGGGAAAUGUAGGAAUAAUUCCUCUGGACGUCUUUCAGCUCCCCGUAUGUGAGAUGAAUAGCUGGGGAAGAGAGAUUGAUCAGUGAUGCCAUUAGGAUAGUAUGAUUUCCACUUUGUAGGUCUAAUCUGUGUGUUAGAAAGAUUUUGACUUAGUUCUUGAGUCUUUUCUUUCUCUUAUCACUCUUUACAAGCUUGCAGAUUUUUUAAAGGGUGUUGUCUCAUUUUUUUAAAAGGAAGGGGAGGGGUUUAAUGCCCUAUUGUUUUGUGUAUAUACAUAAAAUUUAAUUUUUAAUUUUUUUUAUCCUAUCACCGCAUGGGUGUCCCAUGUUCCAGUCUCCACUCUCACUCCUCAAUUUACUUUACCCGAGACAGGACUUCUGUGAGGCAGAAGCUAUUGGGCCCUUUUAGGGUAAGAGGCUUUGUCAUAGCCUGGCCAUAUUGUGACUGGGUAUUGUAUACUCUUAAGACCUUCAACAGUUUUCUUUUUUUCAUCUCCUAAGUGUGUAACUUGAAAUGGACAUCUACCCCUUUGCUUGUUCUGAGUCAGAAUGUUAGUUAUGUGAAUGUCCUGAUGGGGGUACUUUGGUCCUAAACAAGGAGCUUUGGUCAGAGUCAGUGAUGAGUUUUCAGGUGCAAAGUUGGUCACAAAAACGUAAAAAAGACUGAUGUAUUUCGAGACUCAGAACAGUGCCGAACGCGUUGCAGCCAAAGAGAGAAGAUGGCUUUUCACAGCUGAUGGAAAACAUGGAGGUGUUUUGAGAAGGCAGGAGAAAUUGCUUGGAGAUGGCAGGAGAAAUUGUCACUGAGCCUGGCAAUUCAGCGAACUGAGGCUGAGAGUGGUUGAAAUGGCUUUACCUCUAGCCCUGAAAAUUCUGGAAAAAAUGGGAGGCUCUCAACAUGUGUUUCCUACCCGGAUCUCCAGACCAUGGUCCCUAGAAUCCCCAAGUGCUUGCUUCUGUUGCUGUCCACAGGAAGUACUGGCUGAUCUGGAUACAUUUGCCCCCAAAUCUGAGAAAACAGAGUAUUAGGAACUCCAGUUUUUUCGUGGGGGUUAAGGAGAACCUUGAUUUGGAUAUUCUUUUCGUUGAGAUGCGACUAUCAAAAACUUUUGACAAUCACAGAAAAUUGCUUACUGUCCAUCAACUGCUUUUCAAAGGAAAAAAAGUAAUCACUGCAACCACUUCUUGGAAUUGUCUUGAUUUUUUUAAAGCAAUUUGAACUCUAAUGUAGUUCUGAAUAGACAGUCACUAUAGUUUUGAGUGGAUGUGUGUGCGGGUGCUGAUAAUUUCUAUUUUCUUUGGGGAUGGAAAAACAAUUCAAGCUGAUAAAACGUAUACCUAAAUAUUCAUUUUUAUAAAUUUUAUUAAAGAAUUUUGUUAAA